UUGUAAGUUACCAUAUAUGAAUGUGUGAGCUAAUUUUAUGAUGAUGGGUGUUUUUUUUUCCCUAUUGAUCACAACUGGGAGGGCAAGGUCUGAGAUGUAGGCUGUUACAUUUGUAUGUUUUUUUACUGUCCCAACAGUCAUCGGAAGCUGAACAGUGCCUAUGGACCAGACGUCCCAUGAUUCCACAGUUAUCUGUACCGACUUGACGAGCAUGCGUACAGGUGAAUAUCGCAUUACAGGUCCCGAUGUCCUUGAUUUGCAUUGAGACGUAGUCGCUUUUGCAGGUUGGACAUUUACCUGGGAGCUGGGGCGGGAUGAAGGCAGUGACGCAGGCGAGCUGGAAGCAGUAGAGACUGAGGAUGAUCGAGUGCCAUUUGAGAAGCAUGGCGGAAUGGGGGUUCCGUUGUGAUGGUGGUCUUGGACAAGAGAUGAACACGCGACCUACUCAAACCACGGGGGGGAUGGGAUCAAGUGCUGAUUCAAGUGGACGGGUUGUCGGAAGAGCCAGAGUGCCGGAUACGAUCGAGCGCAGCAGACUGGCCAGGAUCUCGAAGGUUUCAAGUUGGUCUCAAACAAACAGUCGGUCCAAUGCCCAACAAAUCAAACGACCCUAGAGGCGCUUCGUCUGGAAAAUGGAGCUACGAUGCGGACAUCCUGAACGACUCGAUCUCGAUGAACAUGGAGGACGACAGCUUCGAUGGAAAUGAAUCGACCUUCAUCCUGCCCUCCAAUCCAGCUGGUCCUUCAUCUUCGAGUAACCCGAGAUCUAUCCCAACAGGUUCCAGUCAACCUGUCCCAUCAAGCUCACAGAACCGAAACAACCCUGCAGGCGAUCACCACCAAUUUUCAUCUUCGCCCGAAAAGGAACCGGCCGAAGAACCCCGUCGGCGUAGACAGCCUAAAGCAAGCUCCAAGGAUCAAUGGGUUCGCCGUGAAACUGAACGCAAUCGAGAGUUGGAGAAUGAAAGAGACUGGUUGAGAGAUAUUAAUCAAUUGUUGGAAAAAUCAGCUGACGAAAUGGAUCAAAUCAAAGGAAAACUCGAGAACGUUCAAUCCGCAACUGAAACUUCUCAUGAAUUAUUAGAUCUCUAUUCGAAGAUCUUAACGCAAACUGAACAUACGAAAGAUCUGAUAUCUAACCCCAAUUGGGAGGGACUAACUGCUGAUAUGAAAAGGAGGGCCGAGAUGAAACAAGCUGAGAAAGCGAGACUGGCCCAAGAACGAGAACGAGAACGAGAGGAAGAGUUGCUUCGAGAGCGAAAACAGCAACAGCUCGAGGCGGAGGCGGCAGCCGAGGCCGCCCGGAAACAGAGCCAAUUACAGCGAUCGACGCGUGGAAUGGGCACUUCGACUCGGGGUCGUGGGGCGGGAACAACCGCCGGUCGUACCGCUGGAGGAAAAAGUCGGAUCGGUAGAAUCACGCGAUAAACUCCAACCUCUGCCUCCCGAAAAUGAAUCGCAAAAGCCCCUCCAACUUGCCCUGUACAUACAGAUCUCUCUCUACAGUCAAGAUCCAGCACCACGUUAUUUCAAGACAGAUCUACUUAACUACUCGCCGGCAAGAUCUGUCCAAAGCGAUUCCUCGUGGUUGGGGAUGAGGGUACGAUUGGACAGGUUUCCUUAGACGGACAGGAUGUACUAUCUAUCUAUGUUAUACAAGACAUGUAAAUUUAA